UUUGGUUUACUUAUAAAGAGGUGGAUGAGUAAAACAGGGCUCACUCAUGCUGUGAGCUAUAUAGUUACCAGGGCGGGUAACAGGAGCAGGUCCGUAUGAGUAGUCAGCGAUGGUUAGCGCCGAUAAUCAGUAGUCGGUAGCCUGCUUUCUCUGUGUACGCGUCCUUAUCAGACUCAAAAUUUGUACCACCAGAUCUAGACUCGGAGGGGUGCAAUGUCAACUCGACUCAGAUGACGAGGGAGUACCAAGCCGAGGUGAGGUAUUGAAUCCCGACCUAUAACUGUUAUGGACACUGAACAACAUGGCUUUGUGUAGCAACGCCAGCAUGACCACCGCCAGCACCAACACCACCAUGGGAAAGGACGCUAAAGAGAAGGGCGCUAAAGAGAAGACCACCAUAGAAAGGACACCGUUGACAAGGCUGCCCGGAAGGAAGACAAGGCCCGCGCAAGGCGACCCGCCGUCCCGUGCACCGCCUCGCCGCUGCUGCAGUGGCCCCGAGGCAUGCUGUUCGCCUUCCUCAGCGACGUGGUGGACCCACCCGCCACGCUCGUCAUGGGGGCGGACAAACACGAGAACGACAGCCUGACGGCACAGGCCACGGAGCGCGUGCUCUUCUUCCACGUGGACGCGCUGCCCUCGGCCCACGUGUACCUGCAGCUGGAGCCCGGCCAGCGCCCGCGGGACGUGCCCGCCGCGCUGCUGCAGGACGCGGCCCAGCUGUGCAAGGCCAACAGCACGCAGGGCAACAAGCUAAACAACGUGGCGGUGAUCUACACGCCGGGAUCAAACCUGCACAAGCCGCCCAAGAUGAAGGCCGGCGAGGGGGAGAAGAAAACGGGUGAGGGCACGGGACACAAGGUCCGCUCUGGGUGUGCUACUUAUCUUCGUGCGACCGCUCACAUAAACUUUGCAACUAUUGUGUAAAAUUGUCAAUACCAUUUUUA